AUGGUGGCCGAGAAGAAAGCGCCCUCCGUGGCUUCGAGCAACGGCCACAGCCUGAAGUCUACCCCAUCUCGAAAGCGCGUCGCUGAGGAAAUCGCCCAGCAGAAAUGGCCCAAGAGACCCCGCAUCGACGCGAAGACGGAUCGCACAAAGUGGCGCAUGAAGGACGAGGACGGCCGUCAUACUUGGAAGUUUCUCGAGGACGACGAUGCCGCCAAAGCGUGGCCCCAGACCGACGCCGACAAGUACUUCCUGGGUCUUCCCAUGGACAUGCCAAUCCUCCCCGAACCUAGCACUCCUCUCGAAGCGGCCUCCAAUGGUCUCGAAUACAUCGAAAAGCUCCAACUCCCCUUUGGCGAUUGGGGCUGCGAGUACGGUGGCCCCAUGUUCCUCCUCCCCAGUACCGUUAUCGCCCUCUAUGUCACCAAGACGCCCAUCUCCUCAGCCAAAGCGACCGAAAUCAAGAACUACCUCUUUGCCCGCGCCCACCCCGAAUUGGGCGGCUGGGGCCUUCACACCGAGGGUAUCAGCACCGUCUUCGGCACCUCGCUGAACUACACCACAUUGCGACUUGUCGGAGUCGACGCCGAGGAGCCCGUCAUGGUCAAAGCAAGGGCCAGGCUUCACGAGCUUGGCGGUGCCACCCAGGCGCCUCACUGGGCCAAGUGGUGGCUCGCCGUGCUGGGUAUCGUCGACUGGGAGAUUGUCAACCCCGUCCCUCCCGAGAUCUGGCUGUUGCCCGACUGGGUCCCCAUUCACCCCUGGAGAUGGUGGGUUCACAUCCGUCAAGUCUUCCUGCCCAUGUCCUACAUCUACUCGAGGCGAUGGAGUGUCGAGGAGACGGAUGUCAUCCGUGACUUGAAGAAGGAGCUUUUUGUCGAAUCCUGGGCGUCGAUCAACUGGAAAACUCACCGAAACGACAUCGCCCCUGUGGACAACUACCACCCCAAGUCCUGGCUUCUCAACACCGUCAACUGGCUCAUCGUCAAGGUCUGGAACCCGUACCUCCGCACCAACUACAUCAAGGAGCGGGCCGAGGCCUGGACCAGCGAGCUGGUCGACAUGGAGGAUGCCAACACCGACUACCUCGGCCUCGCGACCGUCAACGGUCCCAUGAACCACGUCGUGUGCUACAUCCGCGACGGCCCCGGCGCUUACACCGUCCGUAGACACACUGAGCGACUUGACGACUCGCUGUGGGUCAACGCCGAGGGCAUGUUCGGCAACGGCACCAACGGCGUGCAAUGCUGGGACACCGCCUUCAUGAUCCAGGGCGUCGUCGCCGCCGGCCUCGAAAAAGAAGCCAGGUGGCGCCCCAUGCUGGAGAAAGCCCUCGGCUUCCUUGACCGCCAGCAGAUCCGCGAGAACUGCAAAGACUCGGACAAGUGCUACCGCCAACGGCGCAAGGGCGGCUGGCCCUUCAGCAACCGCGAGCAGGGCUACCCCGUGAGCGACUGCAUCUCCGAGGCGCUCAAGUCCGUCAUCAUGCUGCAGAAGACGGAGGGCUUCCCGCAGAUGCUGGACGACCAGCGCAUUUUCGACGCCAUCGACUGCAUCCUGGUGUACCAGAACGAGACGGGCGGCGUGGGCUCGUACGAGAAGCGCCGCGGCGGCGAGUACAUGGAGAUGCUGAACGCGGCCGAGGUGUUCGGCCGCAUCAUGAUCGAGUACGACUACCCCGAGUGCACGACGGCCUGCGUCACCGCCCUGUCGCUGUUCAAGAAGUACUGGCCCGACUACCGCAAGGAGGACAUCCGGGUCUUCAUCCACCGCGCGGUCAACUGGAUCCGCUCCCACCAGCACUUUGACGGUUCGUGGUAUGGCAGCUGGGGUAUUUGCUUCACGUACGCGGGCAUGUUCGCGUUGGAGAGUUUGGCGAGUGUGGGUGAUGUCUACGAGACGAGCAAGAACUCCAGGAAGGGCUGCGAUUUCCUCGUUUCGAAGCAGAGAGAGGACGGCGGUUGGUCAGAGAGCUACAAGGCAUGCGAGACGAGCGAAUACCACGAGCACCCCAGCGGUUCUCUCGUCGUUCAGACGGCGUGGGCCUUGAUCGGCCUCAUGGAAGCGGAGUACCCGCACAUGGAGCCCCUCCGCAAGGGCGUCCAAUUCCUCAUGGACCGCCAGCAGGCCAACGGCGAGUGGCUGCAGGAGUCCAUGGAGGGCGUCUUCAACAAGAGCUGCACCAUCAUCUACCCCAACUACAAGUUCAGUUUCUCUAUCAAGGCGCUCGGCAUGUUUGCGCGCAAGUAUCCCGACGAGAAGAUUACACCUGGCAUCAGCGUAGAGGCAUAG